AUGGCAGACCAAAACAAAGUCAUGCAGUGGGUGCGCGACCUCUUCAAGCACACCCCCCAGCCGGGCGAAGAGCACUUUGGCGUCUACAUCCCCGACAAUGCAGCCCAAGGCACCUUCUAUCUCGGCGUCGGCAAAGUCAUUGAAACCGGCAUCACCCCCAGCGGCGGAACCUACGUCUGGGUUGAGCCCUACGCCAGGAGAAACCCGUCCAUCUUCGACGGGUCAUACGAAUGUAACAAGGGCAAGAGAGCCGCCUACUACCGCUUCUUCCAUCCAGAGUCUGACGAGGAGAUGCCCGCCGAGUACCUGCCCCCGUACCGCCUGAAUCAGGACGAACUGGACCUGGCGGGCCCCGGGCGCGCCGGUCGCCUGCCCAAGCUCCACCACCUCCCGAGCCGGGGGGAGGAGGCCAGGGGCCUCUAUAUUGCGCCCGACACCCAGUUGUACGAGGGCGUUGGCCGUGUCCUCCAAGGCCACGCCAAGGGCCGCGGGUUCUUUGCCUGGGUGGAGCCAAUCCCGGGCAGGAAUGACGACGCUUACAGGUUCUUCGACCGAAACAACGACUCGGAUAUGCACUACAUCAAUAUGCCUUGCUACGGCGCCCAUGACGCAGCGAUGCAGGAGUUGCUCGCCAACCCGCGACCCAAGAAAGACAGCGCUCAGCCGCGAGGCAGGAACUCCGCUAGUGCUGCCCGUCAUGAUACAUUCCCCAAGCUCGGAUCCGAAGCCAUGGGGACCUACUUUGCCCCCGAUGGGAGAUUCUACAUUGGGGUUGGAAAGGUCACUGCCAUUGGACUUAAUCACUGUGGCGCAAUCUACGCGCUUGUAAAGCCCGUCCCAGGCAAGUCCGGGGGUGACUACGACUUCUAUGACGAGCUCACCCUGGAACAUAUGCCCGACUUUACGGGGCACGCGAGUUCCAAGUCCAGAUUUCCAUGGCGCGACCACUUCAGCAAGACCGUGGAGGAGCUGGCUCCGAAAUUCAAGGGGAGCGGAUUGAGGGCGUUGCUUCCAUUUUAG